UCUGAUGAUGGAGUUUACCUGUUCCUGGGUCACACUCAUGGUCUGUCAGUCAUCAGUACAUCCACUCUCACUUGUGUAAGAACGUGGCAGGAUGAAAGAGUGGAGCUUACCGGCAUCUCUUGUGCCUCCCCUGGAAACUGCACACACCUCCUAUGCACAGUGGAUGACAUGGGGAUUGCAUGGCUUUUUGUUCAUUAUGUGGAGAAUAUGUAUUAUUAAUAAGUCAUCAAUGACACGGAUGAUAUAAACCAAAGACACAUCUGUGCAAAAUUUGAAGUUUCUAGAGGUGGAGAAUUUGGAGCUGCAGUAAUGACCUGUAAAUUGUUUUUAAAUGUUUUUAAUAUUACAGUUAAAUGUAAAACCACUAAUUCACUAAUGCUGUUGUUAUUUUUUAUGAAUGACAUUGAAGUUAGUGGGUCUGUUUGGCUGGAUGUCUAUUGCUUCCCACAAGAUGUGUGGCUGAAAGAGCUUGAAACCAAACAGGCCACACAUACCCCAGGGACAACAGAUGCCAAACUGUCUCCUGUAGUUUUACUUAUGAAGAUCAAAUCUUUAGAAGUCUCUGCAGGAACCUCUCUGAAAAGUCCAUUUGAAGUCCUGCAAAAUACAGAAGAAGGCAUCUUAAUAGGCUCAGGCCAAAAUCAUCUCAUGAGCAGUCGUCAAUGGGAAAACCAGGAUGUGGCAUUUAGAAAAAUGUUUGUAAAGUAUCUCACCUCCAGCCCAAAGAGACCACCAAAACUGAUAGUAGAAGGUUCCUGGUAA